UCUUAAUUCUGAGUUGUUGAGUAUGAAAAAAGUUAGACUUUGAUCAAUAUCAUCCCGUGUUAGAGUAAGCACUUGCUGCCUCAAGAAGAAUAGCCGUUCGCACCCUCCUCGCUAUCCUUCGUUAUUAAAAAGAAGGAGCUGCAAAAUUAUCGCAUGUUUUCAAUAUUAGGCUUAGCAUAUUUCUAUUUAUUAACACUACCAUAGUUGAUUUCGCUUAUCUUCAAUGAGUGCAAUUGUUUAAGAUUAAGUACUCACAUACUUUCUUGUGAAUUUCAAUGAUCGGAGUUCUCUCUGUAGACGCCCUGCUUGUGUUUUUUCAAAUUUCUCGGACUCUGUUGUCUUCACGCAUCAACUUGAAGUCGAUGGCUCAUGUGUAUGUAACGAGCAGCUACAUCCAAUUCUCAUCAUUAACAUUCUACUUCCGAUUAAUUUUCUUUUUUUCUCUUUCAGAACCGGGCGGAAGAAACACCGGAAAGGAGAGUGCGUCUUUUAAUAUCUUCACUGAGGAUUGCGAACGUCUACUGCAGACGAGUAGAAGCAGCAUGAGGAUCGACCAUCGUGAUGCGGUCUUGACAUGAGUAUCAAUAUGCUCGUUUAUCAGUACAAAAACCGACUCGUACGAUCAUGACGACGAGGAAGACGAAAAUAUUAUCUGAAGAGGAGUCCGCAAAUAUCUGGCACGAGCGUUUAUCUUUUGAGUGAAUAGCAUGGACAUGAAUAAAGACACACACGAAACCGUGACAACAAAACUAACCUUGACUCGAUUCAGUGACUAAGUCGACAUAUGUCCCCAUUAGAAGCAGGCUGCUUUCUUAUUGUUUUCACUCGACUCAUGAUCUUCCUCAAGUUUUUCCCCUCCAUGAUUUCAAACUAUACCGAGUUUUAUUCUCCUAUCUUCAGAAAAAAGAACUGUGUUGAUGAAUUGAUGAGAGAACCUCAUCAGGAUCUACCGCCACCUUCCUCAAGUAGUAAGCUGUUGAUUGCUAGUCUAUUGUUCUACUUAAAGUGGACGCUGUGGCAUCAGUUUGCUCAUUAUUAGUCCUCUUGUUAUUAUUAAUUUCAUGGCACAAAAAAAGACGAUAGUGAAACUGUGACUGAAGAAGUAAAAAUCUCAACCCAACAGCUUUAGGCUUUUUCUCGACAUGAACUCAUGAUGGUGACGAUGUACCCAGAUGGUGCACUUAUAAUGAUGGCCUACAACAUAUAACAAGUACUCACUUGCUUCGGCCUUUCCGAUUCUCAUGAAGCAAGUGCGCCCCUUGACAAGCAGCGGCUGCUUGGUAAUUUACCAAUGACAAAACACGAUGGCGCAUCUUCAGGCAUUUGCACAAAUAUUAUCAAUGACCAACGACGGAAACGAAAAAAACAACUCGCGGGGAGGCCUGAGCCAACAUUCUCCCUAAAGCAUAGCUUGAACCUCCUUUCGUUGAAUCUAAAAAAAUGGUUCAUAGUGUUUUACUUAUUUCAGGAAGAAGCACGUGCUUAAGUGGAUAACCCCGCAGCGCGCCCGGCUGCGUAAUGUAAUCAACGGGUCUUCUGCGUCCGCUGUGACCAGUGCCCCGUGGAUUCUCUUCGGGCUCUAAUUGUGUUCAUCUCACUCGGCUAAUCGUGUGACUGUGAUUGAGACCACUACUGCUACACAUCCCCGCGCUGAAUCCAUACGCAGGAAGGCGAUCCUCUGCGUCAAAGUUCUAGAUAGUGAUCCUCAGCACUACACCAACAAACGGAUAAGGACAGAGAUCAGCUCGGUUGCUUGAUUUUGAAGAUCUUGAAAAUAGACCUCCGUAAUCUAGCCCUUGUACUCCUUAUCCUCAACUUUCUAACUAUAUUUUGAUCAUAUUGAGUUCGGGUUUUCUGGAUGUGAUUUCUAGCACUUAGAAGCAGCAAUAAAUUUUAUCAAAUGACAUACCUGAAACCGUGGCUGUUGUCUAUUAUUUUCACUACCUCAGACCUUACUUUAUUUUUCUUAUUUUCGUAUACCUAAAACCUUACUCGCAGUUUUUUACUUUUGAAUGCCUGAUUUUAAUCAAAAAAUCAAUUUCUGGCAAAAUCCUGGACAACAUCCAGCAAGAUCUGGGACGGGGGUUUGGUGGACGUGUCUGUUUGUAAAAUUCUUCUUAUAAAACAAUAUACGUGUGUUUUGAGUCAGAGGUAGAGGCAUUUCCCGAGUACUUAGUUGCCUGUCGCUGUCUCUGUGAAAACAUUCAAGAAGAUUCGUUGGCCACUUGCGGUAUAAGCAUCGUCUUCAUUUCUCCUCUUGUUCAUGCGCAACUUCUCUGCGAGCGCAAAUUCUCCUACAUGCACAGGUUGAUGGUGCCUCUGGCGGAGGUGUGCGACGAAAAGUCGAGCUUAAAAAGAACACCGUAGUGGAUAUCCCUGUUCGCAACAAGAUGUCCUCAGUGUACCGAUACAUAGAUGCGCGAUACCAACUGGAAGGCUCCAAGUCGAGUCUUCGGCGCGCUCGUAGUGCUGCUGCUGUCAUGCGUGCGAAAAAUUCAAAGCGAGGCCAGAGCGGACAACGGGAGAUAUCGCCGGUUCGUUCGCCAUAAUGAGAUCGACUGUCAUACUCGAUGAAAACCAAGGAGACGUUCACGUUCUUGAUUCAUCGAGUUCUUGAUGAUCAAGAUCAUAGACUGACACAUAAAGGACACAAAUAACAUGUUGUCAACAUCAUGUUUUCAUUGCAUAGAAAGCGAAGUCGGAUGAUUGAUCGGACGACAUUUUUGUCUCCGAGGCUGUGAACAACUUUUCAUCUGCUAUAUCAUGCCAAGAUGAUGGAUGAUUUUCGUGUUGAACAGGUCCAGUUGCAGAACAGCAUACGCUUUACUGGGCCAGAGUACGCG